GUGUAUGAACGUAUUUCUCUCCGGGAAUUCUGCCGCAGAGCAGGGAGGAGAAAGCGGGUUCUUACUGCUACGGCACUGGAUACACCUUUGAGGCGAUGCCUCAAUAUUCCACACUUAUCCUUCUUCUGUAUUUCUUACAUCAUUGGAUACGGUCUCUAUGUGUUUACUGGAAGUUUGAUACGGGAUUUCACAGGACUGGCUACGGGUCUGGCCUAUCUGGUGUCAGCUAUUCCCACUAUAAUGACAGCAUCUUGUUACGCUGAGUUCAGUACGCUGUUUCCUCGAUCAGGGUCGGUCUAUUUAUACAGCUAUCUAUUGUUCGGUGAGCUCGUCGCCUUCACAAGUGCGUGGGCAAUGUUUGUUGGAAUGUGCACCGCGGUGUCCACGGCGGCCAAAUUGUUUUCCAACACAGUCAAUGUACUGUGUGAUAACCAAAUACGUUUUUGGGGUGAAAAUCACUUGGUAAAUUUGGGCCCCUCACGAUUCAUCGACCAAACACCUGAUUUGACUGCAGCCGCAUUUAUAAUUAUGCUCGGAUUAUUCACUCUUACUGGAGCUAAGUUCUCACUGACGAUAAAUGCUGUGUUAUGUGUUCUUCAACUAAUGUGUCUGUUUGUUUUGUUGAUUGCCUGUUUCGCUCUUGGUGGUGGAAAGAACUACACCGAGAGUUUCCUGCCCGAAGGUUCAAGCGGGUUCUUUGGCGGAAUUGCAGUGGCCCUGUUUGGUCUUUCUGGUUUUGAGUCAUUAGCGAAUUUGAGUGAAGAGGCCAAAAAUCCUCGUCGGGACCUACCAAUUGCCUUUCUAAUCAGUAUUGGUGUAUGUACAUUCAUUUAUGUAACGGCUUCAUUUGGAUUGGCGUAUUUGGUACCCACCGAGGUCCUCUCAAAUGACCUGCCUUUCAUCACUGCUUUCAAGCGGCCUCAUAAUCCUGUGCUCUUGGUUGUAGCAAUGAUUGGUACGGUCUUGGGAACUGGAGCUACUAAACUGGUAGUUAUGUAUACUGUACCACGAAUCCUCUAUGCUGUGGCGGAUGACGGCUUGGUAUUCAAAUUUCUAUCCAAGAUCAAUAAACGCACUAGAAUACCAAUGUGGAGCGUGUUAUUGGGACCUGUUCCAUCUAUUUUGUUAGCAGCGUUUGUCAAAGUUGUGUGCCUGUAUGAAGUCAUGAAGAUCUUCACAUUGUUUUGCUACAUUGUGGUCAGUCUCAAUGUGAUGGUUAUUCGUUAUAUUCCCAACGAGGAUAUUGCCUACUUGGAAGAACAUGACCUAGAGCAUUGUGGGACAGGCGUAGUAAAUGAAGUCCAUAUGCGCAUUCAUCUUCCUAAUUCUCUGGCCUGGUUACAGUCUCGUGUUUGUUUUGCGUAUUUGCUGUUUGGUUUCACCGCUUCAGCCCUCAUGCUGGGGAUUGUAGUGAACAUAAAGCUGGUUUAUUUUCACGUCGCCUUGUGGAUUAUACCUGCAAUACUAUGUGGAUUGGUUGUAGUCACAUUCCUGGUUCUCUGUACCUACAAACCAAGAAAAUUUAUUGGAGGGUUCAGGACACCCCUCAUGCCAGUUGCUCCAUGUGGUGCCAUUAUUGCCAAUAUCUUACUGAUGACCCGAAUGGGUGCAGACGCCUGGGGACAGUUUGCAUUCUGGUCACUCAUU